AUGGUAAAUAAGAAAAUUACUGAUUAUGAUAUCUUGAAGAAGCAUUAUACGUUUUUAAACGAUCAGAACGACCAAUCAUGGGAAUCUAACUUGGUAUCCAAUUACCACGAAACGCUCUUUAAAGAAUAUGUUGUUUGCGAUUUAUCCAGGUACAAGACUGGAGAUGUGGCUUUGAGGUGGAGAUCGGCAAAGGAAGUCGUCGAGGGCAAAUGUGAAAGUAUUUGCGCAAACAUUUCGUGCCAAGAAACCUCAAACUUGUCGAGUUAUGAGGUUUUAUUUAAUUAUGUUGAACAUGACGUGAAGAAGCAGUUUGAAUUAAUGGAAAAUGAUUUGAAUCUGGUUGAGGAGAAGAUAAAGAAUGAGCUUAGUUGUGUGUACGAUGUCGAUAUUUUUGAUAUUUUUACCAACUUUCAAAGCACACAGAAUAAAAUAAACAAGUUAAACGAAUCAUUCAAAGAGAUAUAUGCAUAUAAAAAGGAAGUCGUUCAGUUGAUUAAAUCUCAAGUUAAAGUAUUGGAUUCAUUGAGUCAACUAGAGGAAGUGGAAUGUGUUGUGAACAAGGAAGUUGUUGAUUUGGCCAAGAAGUUGAUUGCAAUAUCAAAUGAGUACUUUGAAACGGAGGAUAGAGACUUCACUAUCUCAUUCAAAAGAAAUAAGGUUGUUGAGAAGAAGGAGGAGGAAAUAAACACAAUCGAGUUCAUUCCGGUUGAUGAAGCUAAGUUCGACUCAGUUCCAAAUCUUGUGAAGAGAAGAGCGACGUUGCAGCAUAUAAAUGAAUUGUUAGAAUAUUUACACAAUCACGCAGUAAAACAUAAUAGAUGUGUUCCUGUUAAGAUAAAUGAUAUAUCGAGUCAAGGAAUUAAAUUAUACGGACAAACAGGAAUGGCAAAAAUAGCCAUUUUAAGGCACUUGAAGCUAAUACAGGUCAUAAAUAGGGAUAACACAAUUUUGCUCCUGGACCAAAGAUUUAAAGGGAAUAAGCUGAAAAGAAAGUUGUAA